UCAAAUUGCAUCUACUUAGUAAUUAAAAUACCAAAAAAAAGUAGAAAAAAAAAAAACAAAAAAAAAGGGUAGGGAGUGAAGUAAAAUAUUUUGUGCUUCUUUAUUGAUUAAUUGAUUUCCUCUGUUGUUAAAUAUAUCAACACAGAGCCAUGGCAAAAUUUUCCAAGAAUUCCAUGGUUCUGUGUUUUUGGUUAGCCAUUGUUUUUGUAAUGCUAUCUAGUGCAAGUGCAUCUACUAGGCUUAAGAAAUUUGAUCACCCUACUAAAGGUGAUGGUACUCUUAAUUUCUUGGUUGUUGGUGAUUGGGGAAGGAGGGGUACCAAUAAUCAAUCUCAUGUUGCUCACCAGAUGGCAAAAGUUGGAGAGAAACUAGACAUUGAUUUUGUAUUAUCAACGGGUGACAAUUUCUAUGACAAUGGCUUGACAGGAAUCCAUGAUACAAAUUUUGUAGAGUCAUUUACUAAUAUAUACACAGCAAAGAGCUUACAAAAAAAAUGGUACAGUGUAUUAGGCAACCACGAUUACAGAGGAAAUGUAGAAGCGCAACUCAGUCCUUACCUUAGGAAAAUUGAUAGCAGAUGGAUUUGUUUAAGGUCUUUCGUAGUUAAUGCAGAAAUCGCUGAAAUAUUCAUGGUGGAUACAACUCCAUUUGAGAGUAAAUAUUUCACGGAUCCUAAGGAUCAUACCUAUGAUUGGAGGGGUGUGAUCCCUACAAACGUAUACACUGCUAGCGUAUUGAAAGAACUUGAAAAGGCCCUGAGUGAAUCGACAGCAAAAUGGAAGAUUGUACUAGGCCAUCACGCCAUUAGAAGCAUAGGGCAUCAUGGCGACACUCAGUCACUUGUGGAUCGCCUUCUUCCUAUGCUUAGGGCAUACGAUGUAGACUUUUACAUGAACGGACAUGACCACUGCCUUGAACAUAUUAGCGACACUGAAAGUCCAUUGCAAUUUUUAGUAAGCGGGGCAGGAUCAAAGGCAUGGAGAGGAGACGUGAAUGGUUUAAAUAGAGAAGAUGUACAUUUCUUCCAUGACGGACAAGGUUUCAUGUCUGUCGAGUUGACACCAACAGAGGCAGAGAUCAAAUACUAUGAUGUUUUUGGUACUGUAAGACAUAGGUGGAAUAGAUCCAAGUUGCUUCACUCUGCUAUGUAAAAAAUUUCUAAUUAGUUGUAAGUACUAAGUUAGAUGUAGGAAAAAGAAAUUGUGUUCUUUUUCGUUGAGAUUGGAUUUCACAAAGCCUAAUUUGGUUUUGUGAAAGGAAAUCUUGUACAUUUAGGGAUCGAUGUAUUAGACUCAUUAAUCAUUGAAAUAAACUAUGAAAUUGUUUUA